GAGAAACGACAGGCAAUAAUCGACUGCCUUACGCAGCAAUGAAGAAAGGGCAUUUUAACUUUGGAGUGCGUGGUCUGCCGGAUGGGGUGCAAUUUAAAGAUCCGUCCGAAAUAGGUGAAGCAAAUCUUGAUGCAAUUAUUAGUCACGCCGGCAGUGUGGAGUUUGUUGAAAAGUUAAAUAUGGGUGAAAGAAGGAUGGAUGGUGUGUCGCGUGUUGAAAAUGUUUCUGGGGCGAGACAGACUGGAGAUGUUAAUACUGAUGCGGGAGGAAGUCAUGAAAUUGAUGCUGGUGCAGGACGAGGUGGGGAGAUUGAUGAUGCUGGACGGAGUGGGGAGGCUGGUGGUGCUCGACGGAGUAGGGAGAUUGAUGGUGCUGGGCAGAGUGGGGAGAUUGAUGGUGUUGGACAGAGUGGGGAGGUUGAUGGUGCUGGACGGAGUAGGGAGGUUGAUGGUGCUGGACGGAGUAGGGAGAUUGAUGGUGUUGGACGGAGUAGGGAGAUUGAUGGUGUUGGACGGAGUGGGGAGAUUGAUGGUGUUGGACGGAGUGGGGAGAUUGAUGGUUCUGGGCAGAGUGGGGAGAUUGAUGGUGUUGGACGGAGUGGGCAGAUUGAUGGCGGUGGGCAGGGUGGGGAGAUUGAUGGUGCUGGACACAGUGGAGAGAUUGAUGGUGCUGGACAGAGUGGGGAGAUUGAUGGGGGAGGACGGAGUGGGGAGAUUGAUGGUGUUGGACGGAGUGGGGAGAUUGAUGGUUCUGGGCAGAGUGGGGAGAUUGAUGGUGUUGGACGGAGUGGGCAGAUUGACGGAGUGGGCAGAUUGAUGGCGGUGGGCAGGGUGGGGAGAUUGAUGGUGCUGGACACAGUGGAGAGAUUGAUGGUGCUGGACAGAGUGGGGAGAUUGAUGGGGGAGGCAGUGAUGAAAUUAAUGGACGAAGUGGAGAGCAUGAUGCUGGGGCUGGAGGAAGGAGAUUAAAAAGAAAGACUAGAGAAGUUAACACCAAGGCCGCUUUCAAGAAGAAAAAGGGAAAGGAGUAUAAAAAGUGCAUCGCUUUUUGCUGCCAGGAACCUGCAGUUGACGCCAACACAGGGUAUGUUGAUUGGAUCCAAUGCGACAAGUGCGACCACUGGUUUCAUUGGGACUGUGUUGGCAUCAUGAACGAACCAAAAGGAAAUUUCUUUUGUGGGUGUGACCAGAUACUCUAUUCUGAAAGGUAGGAAUAUUUAACAAUUAUUUACAGAGAACGUGCUUGGCAGGUAAAGUUAACGAGAAACCAGCGUAUGAAAGAAAAAAAGGAAAAUAUUGCUAGAUGAUGCUAAAUAAUUUUGUAUUCACAUUAUUAUUUUCAUUCCAGACUAGUUUUCUGCAAAUCACUGCACUGAUGUAAACACUUUUACUGAACAUCUGCUGCCUACAAUAUAACCAAUUGGCAAUAAUUGUCGCUGCAAAAUAUCAACAAUAUUAUCCGCAUUCAAAGCACCUUAAAUGUUUUGUUUUAUAGCACACCAACGAUAUUUAAAGUGAAUUGUGGUGACGCUCGUCUACGUUCUUCUCUCAAGGUAGCAAAUCUGCAUAAUAUCUUAAUGCUUAUUUAUAUUUGUUUUUGGAUAGAACAGUAUAACAUUUACUAUUAUUUUAUAAUUCUUUUUAGAACCGUCUUUUACGCAUUGGCAGCAGCAAAUUGGCAAGCAAAAGAGCCGAUCUGUUAAAGGGAAUUUACGCUGGUCGAAGAAAGUUUCGCGAACAGCUAACUGAUUUAAAUUGUUUUUCUCCAUUUACAGCACUUCAGGUAAUUUUGGGUCUCCAAUAAUAUUUCCUGAAUUAGUAGAAAGGUAUUCAACAUUCAUGCCCUAUACGACUAUACCUAUAUUCUACUUUUCGUCCAUUUCUGAUAACAUUUUUUUUCCUGUUGAAUUAGCAAGAGAAACUUCUAGCAGAAAUCCAAGCCAUUUGUGCUGAACUGUGGCCAAAAUUUAAUAUUAAGGACAGCCAUGCAAACUUCAGCUACGUAACUGACAUUCUGUUGCCUGAG